GUUAUCGUGACACAAAAGUUAAUGAUUGAAGUGAGAGCGUGCUGUUUGGACCAGUGAUUUAGAAUAUUUAUAAUUUAUUUGAUUUUGCUAGUUCAUAAUGAUUCAAAAUAUUUUAUUAACUGCUUUAGCACCCUUAAAGAACAAAAAUGAGAUCACAUGUUGGGAAAAUCGACCGUUUACUACUGUAUGGCCAGAAAAUGUACCACAAAAAUCAAAUGGUAUAACCAGAACAAUAAAGAAAAAGCAGAAGAGAGUACGCACAGCGUUUUCAACAGAACAAAUACGUACUUUAGAACGCACAUACCUCCGCCAUCGCUACAUCGAUUCAGAGAGACGAGCUGAACUGGCCAAGACCUUGAACAUUGGAGACAAAUGCAUCAAAAUCUGGUUUCAGAACAGAAGAAUGAAGGAGAAAAGAGAAUCAUCAGAAUCCAGUUACGAGUCUUCAAGUGAAACAGGUAAUGAUACUCCAACAGUACCUUCUUCACCCCCUUCGCAACCCUCAGAAGCCGCUUCACCUCCCUUACAAGUCAACAACGACCAGCAAAGCGAACCAUCAAACCAAUGUUACUAUAACACUGAGCAAAUGUACCAACUACCUACUUAUUACAACCAAGGGCAAGAAAUGCAAGCAUCUAAUUUCGCGUCCUAUUUUUGUAGGGACAAUAAUAUUUAUCAAACUCAGUACUAUCCUUAUGAAUUUAAUUAUGGUAACGGUGAAGGGAAUUUCAAUCAAUUUGGUAAUGAUGUCAAUAACUGUUGGUCGUCUAAUUACUACCCCUAUUAUACUCCUAUUUAAAUAAAUACUAAAAGAAUUAUAUCGAAAAGAGAAUUAAUAUAAAUAAA